ACGGUCGAAACACGAGUCAACGGCGUUCUACAGCAGAAGCGCCGACGCAGAUUCCUAUCUGCGCUUGUUGGGCGGUGAACGCGUGAGGAGCACCCGGCCGACCUGGACUUAGUGAACCCUGACUUCCCCGAAUGCGCUCGGUCACCCAGCGUUGACCACGCCUCUUACUACCGUGGUGUUCCAUACCUCUCUCACUGCACUAAAUCACUCUUCUCCCUUUCUCCACCACUCGCCCGCACCUCUUCACCGAUUUGUGACCUCUCGGCCGCCACAUAAAUUACCGGUUUACUACUACCGUUGCUCUACCCUUCCUGCCCGCAACACGAAGACUAGAGCACCGGUUACUCGAACGCCGAAAGAAAGGACACCAUGGCAGACGCAGCGCAGCGCGUUCUGAUGAACGAGUUCAAGGCUCUCAGCAAAGAGACAUGGACUAACAUCGAGCUGAUGAACGACAACGUCUUCGAGUGGAGCGUAGCACUCAUUGUGCUGAACCAGGAUUCAGUCUACUACGGCGGAUACUUCAAGGCCAAAAUGAACUUCCCCCGCAACUAUCCUCAUUCUCCACCAGACUUCAAGUUCAUCCGACCGCUCUACCACCCCAACAUCUACCCCGACGGCCGCCUCUGCAUCUCCAUCCUCCACCCACCCGGCGACGACGAGAUGUCAGGCGAGCUCGCGGCCGAGCGUUGGUCACCCGUUCAGCGCGCCGAGACAGUCCUCCUCUCCAUCCUCUCUCUCCUCGACGACGCCGAGACAUCCUCGCCCGCCAACGUCGACGCCGGGGUCAUGCUGCGCAACAAGCCCGAGGAGUACAAGGCGAUGGUCAAGAAGGACACGGAGGCCUCGAAAGCGGAUAUCCCGGCAGGCUUUGUCAUGCCUACACAUGAGUCUGCCUGGAGGCGCAAGGAAGAGGAGGGUGACUUUGAGAUGAGUUGGGAGGACAGCGAUGUCGAGAGCUUUGGCGGCAGUGAGAGCGACUUUGACGAGGAGAUAGAUUCGGACUUCGAGGGCGAGGAGGAUGAGGACGAGGACGACAAGUGAGGCUGCUCGCUGCCUCGGUCUCCCCUCUUUCCUACCGUUCCCAGUCUUUCCAUCUCAUGACAUGAUUUCCAACAGCGCGGCGUCGGGUUCUGGGUGUGUUUCACAAGGCUGGGGGGAGUCAGACGUGCGUUUGUUUCGGGACACGGCGUUAUUUUGCAUUGCAUUGGGAGGCGUUCAGGGGCCUGUGCACCUCUUCUAUAUCUCCAGGACAUCACAUUUAGAAGAUACUCGAUCUAUAUUUAUGUUGUGGCAGGAAAGCCAGCAAUGUAUGAUUUACUUGAACCUCCUG